AUGACUUUUAUGCUUCGCGCUUUGGGCGACGCUGAGGUUGAAAGAGAACGAGUCCUGUCGGUAGAACCAUCAGCCGGGUUUGCAAUCAAGACUAUCGUGGAAAGCUGUUCCAACAACGAACUGGAAACUGGCGUGAAAUACUUUAUAAACAUUUGCCAUGCAUCACAAGUACCCUCUCCUGAUGUUGCGUUUGAGCCUAGUAUCGUUUUCCCUCUGAUCAUGGCAAAUCGAUGGGAAAUUCCAAUCGUGACUUCUGCAACUCGCCAAGAUCAGGACAAAAAAGGCUCCGUGUGCUACGUUAGCGACUGCUGCGUAAAUACUGCAUGCUUGGAUUGGGCCAGACGCAACCCACAACUCAAGGAAAUUUUGGUUGAAUGGUGUUUAGAAUCCUGCGAACUUCGACAAGGAAUUGAGCUCAGCCGAACAAAAUUGGCUUUCCCAAAAUUACGUUGUAAGGGUGCAAGUAUUCCAACUCUUGAGGUACUAAAGGAGGAGCUCAAUGCGGACCCCAAACGUGAAGCAAUUGAUCUAGAACAAAGGCGCCGUAAUAACGACCCACAAGCAUUUUUACAAUUAAGAAGAGACCUUCUCGAUAACGAAGAAGAUUCCGGUCCCAACUCCUCUCUGCCGCCACUUUUCCCUCUACCUACAAUCGACCCCAAAAAGAAACUGGUCGAGGAAAUCGAGCCUCACCACGUCCCACUGACUACACAAGUCGACAAACAAAAGCAUCCGGCCAAAUUGCCAUUAAAGCUAGACGUUCGCAUGGGUAAAGUGUCAUCUCAUCUUUGGGCGAAACUAAAAGUCGAAGUGCGAUCUGAGCUACAUUCACAACAAGACUACAAGGUCCAUUACGACUCACAGGACAAUACAUUGCAUUUAGAAACGUCAGCCGAUCAUCCUGAUUUUUUGCCUCAGAAGUUACAAAUUCCACUGCCAUCAAUAGCAUACUCAGCACAAUCCAAGGAUACCAUUUUCUUUGAUGAGAAGGACCAGGUAUUAACAGUUCUAUUGUAA